ACAGGCGCUUAAUACCAACCCGCCUCUGUUUUCUUUCUACAGAUAGCACGAUCCAUCAUGGCGAUGCAUGCGAAGGCGACUCCACCACAGAUCCCGGACACCCGCCGGGAGCUCGCCGAGCUGGUGAAGAGGAAACAAGAACUUGCAGAGACACUAGUGAACUUAGAAAGACAAAUUUAUGCAUUUGAAGGCAGCUAUCUAGAAGACACUCAGAUGUAUGGCAAUAUCAUCAGAGGAUGGGACCGAUACCUUACCAACCAAAAGAACUCCAACAGCAAGACUGAUCGAAGGAAUAGGAAAUUUAAAGAAGCAGAGCGUUUAUUCAGCAAGUCAUCUGUCACAUCAGUUGCAGCAGUUUGUGCACUAGGUGGGAUACCUGAUCACAUGAAUGAAAAACGUGAGGCAGGCAGCGGCACGGAAAGCGACGCCUCUCCAGAUCUCCAGAACCAAGAGAACGAGCCCAGCCAGGAGGACACAGAGGAUGUGGACUCAACACUGCAAGACCUAAAGCCUCAGAAAGCUGCCUCCUCUUCCUCCUCAGGCAGCCAUCACGGGAGCCACAAGAAGAGAAAGAACAAAAACAGACACAGUCCUUCUGCCAUGUUUGAUUAUGACUUUGAAUUUGACAUGAAGGUUAACAAGAAACCUCGAGCUGACUAUUCGACCUAACAGACGACUGGAACACCUGGACUCACAUGUGGGGGAAACCUGUAGAGAAACUCUAAAUUUGUGGACUUCAUGAACUUUGUAUGCCAUUUAUUUUUCUUUUUUCUUCUCUUCGGUUGUCAUAUUUCAGCCUGUACCGUGUGUAUUGCUCGAAACAUUCCCCACUGUAUCCCACCUACCUUUUUGGUCAAGGUUUCGAUUUUAACCUUCCAAGUAGAAAUAUGGUGUUGCAUGUUACUUUUGGCCUGACGAGGCCCACUUCUAGUAACACACCGUUUUGUAUAGUAUUAAAAAAAGAUUGUAUUUAUUAUGUAGUUAAUUUGCCAUUGUACGAAGGUUAUGUGUUUUUGUUUUUAUAAGCAUCACAUAGACGUAUAACCCUUGAAUAACCCGGAUUCUUUUAUUACAUGGUUGUUUUGCAAAAAAUAAAAUCAAAUACAAGCAAAACAUAUCU